AUGUCGUCCUCGAAUCCUCCAGCGUAUCCUCAGUCGCCUCCUUAUUCGCCCGUUCCACAUCCGGACGAGACUCAGCUCGCUCGCGCCAGCAUCAGGACUCGUCGCUCGCGGCCGACAGGAAUCUUCACAACCAGCAAGAACGGUAUUGUGCUCGCCCUUCGAGGUCAAGAAGAUGGGGCGUUAAUUCCCUCGUACGGUCGGAACUCGACCAUCAGUGGCGAUAUCGGUUUGGAGAGCACCGAAGAUGUCGUUGGCGUUAGUGUAAAACUCCAGGGUGUUCUCGACCUGACCGUUACUGGCGUAGCAAGCCAGGAUUCAAUUUUUCUCAGCAAAUCGUCUACGAUCUGGGAGCAAGCCAAUUCGUCCGCACAUGCCCCUAGUAUGUUGCCGUUCGAGGUUGCGAUUCCACAGUCGCACCAAGACGCCGGUAGCGCACGCCCACUACCGCCGACAUACGCCGGGGUCUUUCCAGGUGUCCGUGACCUCCAUGUCAAGUGCUGCUAUACGUUGACCGUCUACGUGACGAGAUCUGGGUUGUGGAAGCCGCGAAAGAGUAUGAGCGUUCAGUUUGCCUACCAGCCCCGUACGAGGCCGCACCGGCCCAUCAUUUCGUCGCCAUUUCCGUUUUCGACCACGAUCAGGUCGCAUCCGGAGGAGUGGCACCAAGUGUCGUCGACGAUGCGGUCGCGGGCGGAUUCAGGAGUGAAGCCUAUCGAGUGCCAGCUUUUUAUUCCAGCGGUCCGGAUAUACUCAAUCACGGAUACGGUGCCGUUCUACCUCCAGCUCUGCGCCCCGACCGCAUCCAUCGAUGCAUUUCUGCAUCCGAGGCCUCCCCCGCCGUCCAUGUUCCGCCUCUCCAAAGCGGCAGUGGCAUUCGACGACUCUGCCCAACCGACUGUCACCGUGUCGUUCAUGCGCCAGAUCGAAGCCGUCGUAGGAUCCCAUCACGCAUUUCGCAGCUUCGUCAUUGGCGAGGGCACUCUGCGGCCGGUUCCUCCGGAUGUGGCAUCGAGCACGACGCUCGUUCCGCCUGCCGAUGGAUACCAGACUCUGAACUGGGAAGGCGAGAUCAAGUGCCAGAAAAACGUGACCGACGUCGGAUUCAGUGAUCAUGUUCGGUUGCAGCUGGUGCCGCCGAGCCCAAAAACCUCGCCAUUAUUGGAACACGAGCAUUUGCAUACCAUUCGAUUGGUCACGGACUCCUUUAUGGAGGGCCGUGAAUAUGAUUUUUGAUUUUAUGCUUGUUUUUUCUGUUUAUCGUUGUUGUCCCGCAUUAAUCUCAUACGCACCUCGAGCUCC